AUGGACAAAACCACCAGGGAGCUGUUGGAGCAGAGGAUCCAAGAAAUGACAGGGAAUGGCCUGAGAUGCAUUGCCUUUGCUCAUAGAAAAACGAAAAUAAACGAGUACUUGAACUCCUCCCCGCAAUUCACCUUGUUAGGGAUUGUGGGUCUGAAAAAUCCACUAAGAACUGGAGUUAAAUAUGUUGUAAAAGAGUGCCAAAGAGCUGGAAUAAACUGCAAGUUGAUAACAGGGGACAGCAUUUUAACGGCCCGGACCGCGGCUUUAAGAGGUGGAUUUCUUGAGCCUGAUUAUCAAUCAGGGCAUAUAGUGGAAGGAGAGGAGUUCCAGAACUUCAAUCUAGAAGAGAGAAUGGAGAAAGUUGAUCAAAUCCGCGUAUUAGCAGGAGCUACUCCUUACCACAAGUUCCUCAUGGUUCAAAGCUUGAAGGCUAAUAAUAAAGAACGAAUGGUGGCAUAUGUUGGUGGAGGCCAAGGAGAUGCUUAUGCAAUCAAAGAAGCAGAUGUAGGCAUAUGUUUUGGGACUGAAGGCGUGCCUGAGAUCCUGAAAGCAUUUUCGGAUAUCGUGAUUAAGAAAAAGGACAUGAAUCUCUCUCCCGUGAUCGAAAUUCUGAAAUGGGGCAGGGGAUUUUAUGACAGUAUCCAAACCUACACUCAGUUCUUGAUCACCGCGACUUUCGUUGAUCUAGUGAUUGAUUUUGUGAUGACCAUUUUCCCCAAUGGGUUCACUCUUUUGUAUGCAGUUACAGACGUCACUUCCGGCGAAGUAACGAUACCGGUAUUCCAACUCCUGUGGGUGAAGCUGAUUUUAGGCACAGUUGCGGCUCUCUCUGUACUCAUGAAACAAUCCUCCGACAACCUGAUGUCGAAACCAGUGAGGGGUCCAAAUGAGCCUUUGAUGACUGAUGAGAUGCAGAGAAACAUAAGCGCACAGGCGGUGUAUCAGAUCAUAGCUCUUCUGGCCAUCCAUUUUAAAGGGAAAUCUUGGCUGGAACUGAAUGCCAACGAGAAGAACACCGUGAUCUUCAAUACUUAUGUGCUCUGCCAAGUUUUCACCCUGAUCAACGCCAAGUUGUAUGAUCGGAAGAACGUUUUCAAGGCGAUGCAGUGUAAGAAACGGUUCUGGGGAAUCAUUGUGAUAAUUAUAAUCCUUCAAGUGGUGAUGGUGGAAUUUUGGAAGAGCAUUGCUGGUACUGCAAGGCUGGAUUCCAGGCAAUGGGGGUUUUGCCUUUUUAUUGCUGCAUCUACCCCUAUCAGCUUGCUCCUGAGGUAUAGGUGUUCUAUGAAGAUACCUUAUCUUGACUUUGCUCCAGCAUCAAAGCCAAAAACUGAGUAA